AUGCAACAAUUUGAUGAAGAAAUUCCAGUGAAAAUUCUUCUCUCUGAUGCACCUCUCGGGUCCUUUUGGCUACGAAAAAAGUACCUCUCCAUAGAUUAUAGAAGAUUGGAAAUUUACAAAACCAUCCUCUUUGAAAAUUUGAUAAACUGUCGUGGUGGAUUGCAAACACUUGUGAAGGCCAUCUCCUCCGAUCGGGAUUGGAUGUUCAAAGUUGUGAAAAAGAAGGGAAUUGCUUUGAAAUAUGCUGAUGAAAAUAUUCGGAGAGAUGCUUCUCUUGUCUAUGAAGCAAUUUGUAAUGAAAAAACAGCAAUUUCCUUCAUGGACAAAUCACUACAGAGUAAUAAGCAAUUAUUCAUGAAAUUAGUCAAGAUUGAUGGAUGGUUGUUGAAAUAUGCUGAUGUGAAAUUGAGAGCUGAUCGAGAAUUAGUGUUGGAAGCUGUGAGGAAUAAUUGUAAAGUUGUGGAUUAUGUGACUGAUAAGGCACUCAUUACAAAUGAUAUUGAAAUUGUAAAAUAUUUAGUUUCUUCAAUCAAUAGUUUGGAUUGUUAUGAUUUGGAAAUGGAUAAAAAAGCAAUUUUAAAAGUGUUGAGCAAUAAUCCUGUGCUUAUAUCUCAAUGUAAAGAUGUUGUGAAAUGGAGAGAAAUUAUUUUAGAAGCAGUUCAAUUGCAUUCUCAAAUAUUUACUUAUUUAGUAUAUGUAGAUCAGAGAUUACAAUCUGACAAAGAGAUUGUUAUGAAUUACUUAAAGGCAUUUCCAGAAAAAUUACUUGAUAUUGAUAGUCAAUUAUACUAUGACAGAGAUUUUCUAUUGAGUGUUGUAAAGGUACAACCUAAUAUAUUGAACUAUUUAGAUUUUGAAAGAAAAAAUGAUGGAUAUCUAAUGAGAGAAAUGGUUAAAGCCAAUCCCAGAGCUCUUCAAUAUUGCUUGUUUGACCAGGAUGAAGAGCUUUAUCUUGAAGCCAUAAUGUCAGAUCCUUUGAGUGUAUAUCCAUUAAUUAGUGCAAAACUAAAGCAUAGUAGACAAUUCCACUUGAAACUUGCAGAAAUGUGUCCAAAUGCAUAUUUCUCUUUUCCAACUCAAUUCCAGAAGGAUAGAGAAAUAAUUCUAACAAUAAUUUCAAAAUCACACCAUUUGUUUUACAAAUACAAAGAAUUCCAAGAUGAUACAGAAAUUAUUCAAGCUCUACUAAGCAAGUCAUUGAGCUAUUUGAGUGAAUUUCCAAAGUACAUUUCCACAAUCAAAGAUCGAUCACUCCUCUUGAAUGCCAUUAAGGUUAAUCCAACUGUAUUUCCUCACAUUGAUCCAAGCAUCAAAGGCGAUGUAAAAUUCAUUAGUGAAUGUAUGGCUGCGAACGCAAUGGUAUAUCAACAUCUUCCAAAAUCAAUGAAAUCAAAGAAAGAUAUUAUGAAAAAGUGUAUUGAGAGAAAUCAUCAAGUUCUUGGAUUAAUUAGAGAUACAUAUUGGGAUGAUGUUGAUUUUGUGUUGGAAUGUUGUGGAUAUUCUCAUCUAUGUUACAAUCGUAUCAAGGGACAAUAA